AUGAACUCAUAUACCGAGAAUAGCAAUCAACAUGCGAAUGUUAAUAUUGAUCCUGCUCCAUCUGCUGAUACAUCUGAUGACGAGGAUGGUGGAGAAUAUGAUCCAGAAUCUGUUACCGUCACUACAGCACCCGAUCCUAUUGUGGAACGCCCUGCUUCCGAUUCCCCUCGUCCAUCCAAAAAGCCCAAGACAGCGGGCGGCUUUGUUGUCGAUGACUCUUCUGAUGAAGAGGAUGAUGCCCCUAUCCCAGACCAAGGCCCAGACCCUACCCCAGCUCCGUCACAUUCACCAAGUAUUCUAAAGCCCCUUCCCACAGAAGCCGAGGCGCAACCUAACAAUCAUCCCUCCCUUCAACAGAUCACUACACCUCAGGAUAUGGCUACUAAUGUCCUUGCUCAAGCGAGCGAUGAUUCUGUUCCUACAGCGGCUCCUGCCAAUGUAGCAACUACUAAUGCAGCGCGCCUGAGACUUCCUACUGAUGUUGUUGGCAUACUUGAGGACCGUAUUAAGGAAGACCCUCGCGGCGAUCUCGAGGCUUGGCUAGCUCUGAUCGAUGAGCAAAAGCGACGUCAUAAGAUUGAAGACACGCGGGCCGUUUACGAGCGCUUUCUGAAGGUGUUCCCCCACGCUGCCGAGAUAUGGGUUCAAUAUGUUGACAUGGAGCUAAGCCUUGAUAACUCCAAGGCAGCUGAGUCGAUAUUCCUUCGUACACUAGAGAAGAUACCCAAUAUUCAGUUAUGGACCGCUUAUCUCAACUAUAUACGCCGCAAAAAUGACUUGAAUGACCCUACCGGUCAGGCCCGUCAAACCAUAAACCAGUCUUACGAAUUCGUUCUAGGCGCUAUUGGGCAGGACCGAGAUGCUGGAGGUAUAUGGCAGGAUUAUAUACAAUUCCUCAAGAGUGGGCCUGGUCAGGUCGGCGGUACCGGCUGGCAAGACCAGCAGAAGAUGGACGUUCUUCGUAAAGCUUACCAACGAGCCGUCGCCAUUCCCAUGGCCAAUGUGAACUCACUGUGGAAAGAAUAUGAUCAUUUCGAAAUGGGAUUAAAUAAGAUGACAGGACGGAAGUUCAUUCAAGAACGAUCACCUUCGUAUAUGAGCGCGAGAAGUGCCAAUACGCAUUUAGAAAAUAUUACUCGAGGGCUUCAAAGAACAACUCUACCGCGCCUCCCCCCGGCACCCGGUUUUGAAGGCGAUCAGGAAUAUCUUGAACAAGUUCGACUUUGGAAGACGUGGAUCGCCUGGGAGAAGGAUGAUCCGCUUUCUUUGAGUUCUGACGAACCGAAUGUCUAUCGACAACGUGUUCUUAGUGUCUACAAACAAGCACUAAUGGCUCUGCGCUUCUGGCCGGAAUUAUGGGUUGACGCUGCUGACUGGUGUUUCGAGAAUAACAUUUUCGACAGGACCGAGCAAGAUACAGGACUCCAAUUCCUUGUUGACGGUCUUAAUGCAAACCCUGAGAGCUCUUUAAUAGCCCUUAAGCAUGCCGACCGUAUCGAAUCUACUCAACCCACACCCGAGGACGAUGCGGGCAAAGCUGCUCUUGUACUGGCCGUUAGACGACCUUGUGAUCGAGUCCUUGAGACACUUUACGAGAUGAUUAAGAACUUGAAGGAUCAAGAAGCGGCGGCCGUGGCAAAAAUUGAGGAAGACACAUCUCUUAAUGCUACUAACUCGGGAGGUGCCGACGUCGAGGACGAGGAAGAUGAGGGAGAGAUUACGGAGAAGCCAUCCUCGGAAGCGAUGAGAGAUGCCAAGAUCAAAGCAGUGAAUGACGGGUUUGCCGCCCAAAUUCAGAUCCUGUCCCAACAUAUAUCAUACCUCUGGAUUGCCCUUUUACGUAUUCACAGAAGAAUACAGGGCCAAGGCUAUAUAAAGAGCAGUCCUGCUGUGGGUAUGCGUGGUCUGUUCAUAGAAGCCCGACAAAGAGGCCGCCUAACAUAUGACGUUUACGUUGAAAUGUCGAAUCUAGAGUGGGACGUUUAUCAAGACGACGUGGCUACUAAAAUCUAUGAGCGUGGUACAAAACUCUUUCCGGAGCAAGAGGGUUACUUCGUUGAAUAUCUGAAGCACCUUCAUAAGAAGCGUGAUUUUACCAAUGCCCGAGUUGUCUUUUCCCAAACUGUCAAACGGUUUAAGGCAAAACCCGAGCUGAUUCCAAAACUAAAGCCUAUUUUCACUUACUUUCAUCACUAUACAUCUCAGUUCGGCGAGCUAACGCAGAUCAAGGACCUUGAGAAGCAGAUGGCAGAGCUCUUCCCAGAAGAUCCUAGCCUGACGUACUUUGCAGCGAGAUUUGACACUGGCAAAUUUAACCCCAUCACUGCUCGAGUCAUCAUUUCGCCAGCCAAACAAAUGCGUCUCAAGACAAUCAUGCAGUCUGUGGAAGUCCCACCUACCUCUAAUCGCAGCACCCCUCGCCCUACACUCCAGCCCGAGCGUAGCCCACAGCCGCAGUUUUUGCCUGCUGUUAAUUCACCCAAACGUCCAUUUCAAGCUGAUGACCAGGACGAAUACCCUCCCAGGAAGUUAGCCCGCGGGGCCUCCCCUCUCAAAGGCGCAGCCGGUCGACGACUCGAUCAGCAACGACGGGCUCAACAGGGCCAAGGUGUCUCCUCACAUACCAGCGGACCGACUCCUAUUCCUCGUGAUAUCGCUUUUCUUCUCACCGUAAUCCCCCCUGCUGAUGCGUUUCGCAGCCAUCACUUUAGUGCAGAAGGCCUAGUGCGCUUGAUUCAGAAUACUUCUGUGCCAAGCUAUGUUGAAUGGAAAGCCCGAGAAGGCGGCUCGCGUAAUAUAUUGGCAACAUCACACGCACAUACUCGUCAAGCCUCUUCGGAAUAUCAGAAUUACCCAUAUACUGCACGCGAUUCGCCAGGAACAUCCAACCGCCCAGCUAGCCCUUAUAGCGGAAUGAGCCGUGGGGUAACUCAAGCAUCAGCACCUUACCGCAAUUCUCCUCUACGGCCUGGUUCGAGUGGAUCAUACGAACCACCUCCAGCUGUCUACCAAACAGGUGUAAGCCAAUUUAACCCAUUGGCGCAGAAUAUUAGUGCUGGCAAUUCUGCGUUUACCGCUUGGCAAGGCAACUACGCUCCUCCCGGGCAAUAUAACGCUAAUCCAUCCCAACAACAUACACAGCAGUAUGGCGGAUACUAUUAA